AAGACUAUAAAUAGCUGCGAGCCUCCGUCAGACUUUCCACGCAGCUGUAAAAUUAUCGGUUUUAUUGCGUGCUUUACAGAACAGAACAAACUCCGAUCAAGCUUUUAUCCUUCUUCUUCUUAUUACUUUAUUUUGCAGAACAGUAUAAACAGUGAUUAAUGAUGUCUGAGACGAUCCGCAUCAACAGCCCUAAUGUGCAGUACACUGAGAAGUUCAUUGAGUCACAGUACACGUACCAGACCACCUCAGUGAGCAGGAGCAGAGAUACGUACACGGUGACGCCCCACAGUAUUGAUUUUUCAUUUCGCACAGAGCGCCAUGUGCCCAAGCUUGGUGUCAUGCUUGUGGGGUGGGGCGGAAACAAUGGCAGCACCGUCACCGCUGCUGUUCUGGCCAAUAGGCUUGGCCUGAAGUGGACAACCAAGACUGGUGUCAAGAGUGCCAAUUACUAUGGUUCAUUGCUGGAGUCUUCCACUGUGUCUCUGGGCUUUGGGCCAAAGGGGGAGAUCUUUGUGCCAUUCAGAGAACUGCUGCCAAUGGUGCACCCUAAUGACAUCAUAUUUGAUGGUUGGGAUAUCUCCUCUAUGGAUCUUGGUCGUGCUAUGGAGCGUGCUCAGGUUCUAGACUGGAGCCUUCAGGAGAUGCUUCGUCCCCAAAUGUGCAAGCUGAAACCAAGGCCCUCAAUUUAUAUCCCAGAUUUCAUUGCUGCCAAUCAGGAGCACAGGGCUGACAAUGUCCUCACAGGCACCAAAGCAGAGCAGAUGGAACAAAUCCGUAGAGAUAUCCGUGACUUCAAAGAGAAGAGUGGCGUGGAAAAAGUCAUAGUGCUGUGGACUGCAAACACAGAGAGAUUCAUAGAUAUUGUGACUGGUGUCAAUGACACUGCCAAGAACCUUCUUGCUACCAUCCAGAACGAAGGACAAGUAUCUCCAUCCACUCUGUUUGCGGUGGCUAGUAUUCUGGAGGGCUGUGCCUAUAUCAAUGGCUCCCCUCAGAACACUUUCGUACCUGGAGCUUUAGAGCUAGCCAUUCAGCAUGGGGUCUUCAUAGGAGGAGAUGACUUCAAAUCAGGCCAGACAAAACUGAAGACUGUUCUGGUGGAUUUUCUUCUGAGCUCAGGGAUCAAGCCAAACUCCAUUGUGAGCUACAAUCACCUGGGAAACAACGAUGGCAUGAACCUGUCUGCCCCACAGCAGUUCCGAUCUAAAGAGAUCUCCAAAAGCAACGUAGUGGAUGACAUGGUGAAGUCCAAUCCACUGCUAUUCAAGCCUGGAGAGAAACCUGAUCACUGUGUGGUCAUUAAGUAUGUCCCCUAUGUGGGAGACAGCAAACGAGCAAUGGAUGAGUACACGUCAGAGAUCAUGAUGGGUGGCACAAACACAAUUGCUCUGCACAACACAUGUGAGGAUUCACUGCUGGCCAGUCCAAUUAUUCUGGACCUGGUGAUUCUGACCGAGCUAUGUCAGCGAAUCACGUUCCGUACACAGCAGGACUCAUCCUUCCAGUCUUUCCACAGUGUUCUGUCCAUACUUAGCUUCCUCUGCAAGGCCCCGCUCGUACCGCACAAUGCACCGGUGGUCAACGCUUUCUUCCGCCAGCGAGCCUGCAUCGAAAAUGUCCUGAGGGCUUGCCUUGGCCUUCCCCCUCAGAACCACAUGCAGCUCGAGUACAAGAUGCAGAAAAGCUUCAAUGUUUGUGAAGACAAGAAUGUUCAAAGCCCUGUAGCCACAAAGGGAAACAACAACGUCGUCACCAACAUGUAUCAAUGCGUUGACUGCGGUGGUGCCACUGACCAGAAGACUGUUGACAGAUAAAAAAAUAUAUGUAUAUAAAAUGUAAAAUUGUAGCUGUGGGUGCAGGUUUUCAUUCCAAACAAGUAGAAGUCGCACCUGAGUCGAGAUCAACUGGUUAAUCAACUGAAGGUGUGGCUCAUGCUUGACUGGAAUAAAAUCCUGCACCCACACCUGCUCCUUACAGAUAAGAUCGCUCAUCCAUGGUCUAAGAGAAGACAGAAUUACUAACUUUGCUUUAAUCCUCAGAGAGUAUUAACUAUUAAAACAUUGUGUCUUGCUCUAAAAAGUACUAACUCAAUUAAAAAAAGCUCCUUUGCGAAAGGAUGCUAUACAACUUUAUUCUAAGAAACUAACUUGAAACACAAAUAUUAAUAUGCCGGGAGGGUCAAACCUUAAUAAAAUGCACUUUAUUCAAUUGCUAAUUGUACUAAAAGAAACUGUAAGGUUCCAUUUAGGUCUUUUGCGGGUUCUUUGGUGUGCCUGGUUCUGUAGAUACAGCUUACACCAGAGGGUACAGGUAGAGCUAAGAACCCUUAAACAACCAAAGAACCCUUGAACCACAUUUCUAUCACAAUGUACUGUAUUUUAUUAGUUCAAUGUGAUAUAGUUAAUAGAAUUGAACCUAGAAAACCUAUGAAAUGUCUGAUUUUAUUGAUCAGCAGAAUGUACCUGUAAGAAACUGUUCAUUUUUCUAUUGACUUUGUUACGCUUUGUGAUGAGAAAAAAAAAUCAGAAACCUUUCCAGUUACAAGA